AUGGUCUCCCUCUACAAGCAUCACGCCCCCUCAACAACUUCCCUCUCCGACGACGGCGACGACGGCGACGAGGAGGCCCCCCAGUUCGCCUUCUAUCCCGACCACCAUCUCCUCGUCCCCGCCCAAUGGACUGCAUUCAAACGGGACCAUCCAUACCGCACCCACCUUUCGCCCGUGCACUCCCCCAUCGCUGCCAUCCCCCCCGAGAUUCUCAUCCAGAUCCUCAGACACCUCCACCCGCCCAGGGAUGUCUUCAGCGCCAUGCGCGUCUCCCGCACCUGGUGCGAGUGCGCCGUGGAACUCCUGUGGCACCGUCCAUCGUUUUCCAAGUACGACACCAUCCACAAGAUGGCAAAUCUCCUCCGCAGAGACGGCCAGACCUUCACAUACUCCCGCUUCAUCCGCCGCCUCAAUUUCCUCAACCACGGCGCAGAUCUCACCGAUGAACUCUUCCGUGUUUUCUCCCGCUGCGAUCGCCUAGAACGCCUUACCCUGAUAGGUUGCAAGCACCUCACAGGUGAAGCACUUGCCCAGAUCCUUCCGUCGUUCGCCAAUCUCGUCGCUAUCGAUCUCACUGGCGUUGUUGACACAACAAGUGAAGCUAUAAUCGGACUCGCGGCAGUCUCAACAAGACUUCAGGGGAUCAACCUAUCCAGUUGCAGCAAGGUUACCGAUUCCGGAAUCAUCGCCCUCGCCGCCUCUUGUCCCCUCCUCCGGCGCGUCAAGUUGAGCGGCCUCUCUCUCCUAACCGAUGAUUCCGUUUCUGCCCUUGCUCAGGGGUGUCCGAUGCUUUUGGAAAUCGAUCUCAACCAUUGCGAACUCGUCACAGACAUUUCAGUCCGUUUUAUUUGGACUCACCUCACCCACAUGCGAGAAAUGCGCCUAUCGCACUGUGGUCUUCUUUCAGAUGCCGCUUUCCCGGCUCCGUUUAGGCCCGACUGCCAGACAGAUCAGGUGAAUCCAUUCUCGCAUUCCAACAUCCUCAAGGUAUCCGAUGAGCUGCCCCCGCUUGUCAUUAAUCGAACUUUUGAGAACCUGCGCAUGCUGGAUCUCACCGCCUGUCCCUUGAUUACUGACAACGCCGUGGAAGGUAUCAUCUCUCACGCGCCGAAGAUUCGCAAUCUUGUCCUGUCCAAGUGCGUCCUUCUGACCGACAAGGCGGUGGAGACCAUCUGUAGACUAGGCAGACAUCUGCAUUAUCUCCACCUUGGGCAUGCAAGCAAGAUCACCGACCGGUCCGUUCGCCUUCUUGCACGGUCCUGCACCCGCAUAAGAUAUAUCGACUUCGCGAAUUGCGUCCUCCUGACGGACAUGUCCGUAUUUGAGUUGUCAGCGCUCCCCAAACUCCGCCGGGUUGGCCUCGUUAGGGUCAACCAGCUCACAGAUGAAGCUAUCUACGCCCUCGCCGAGCGCCAUGCCACCCUUGAGCGUAUCCAUCUCUCAUAUUGCGAUCAAAUCUCUGUCAUGGCCAUACAUUUCCUCCUUCUCAAGCUUCAUAAGCUUACACACCUCAGUCUGACUGGUGUACCUGCUUUCCGCCAGCCAGAGUUGCAGCGAUUCUGUCGUGAUGCUCCAAAGGAUUUCAACUCGACACAGCGGCAGGCGUUCUGUGUAUUCUCUGGCAAAGGAGUUUCCCAACUUCGAGCCUACCUUACCGAACUCUUCGACCGUAUCACAGAGAUGAACAAUACCGACGACACUGAGUAUGAAGAGGACGACUUUGAUGGUGAAGGUUAUCAAGAGGAUGAUACCCCAGAACCAGAAAGCUUCGCCGAAGCCCGAGAAAUGGAGGGGUAUCCCAGGCAGCAUAUCCUGUACAACCCAAAUGUGACGACGCCUCGUGGUCCCCACCAAGGUCAUCCCCACCAGGCCGGUCAGACUCAUCCAGCACCGCAAGCUCAUCAUCGCCCUCAAUCGCACGAAUUCAGUUUUCACCGUGAUCGCCCUAUGCGCGCUGCGACUGUGCCCAUACACAACAACCAUGAUGGAUACCAUGUGGCUGGGGUAUCUCCUAGAGCUAAUCUCCAAGGCGCCACCUCGAUUCUAAAUGCUCAAAUUCAAGCAUCGACGCCUACGGCAACCCCUUCUCGGCUCCCUCGUGUCCAUAUUCGACACGGUCGUUCAGUGGCAGAUGUGCUACCUGUUGUGGAGUCGUCAGCAUCACCUUCACCCAUUGAUACCCCAAACCAGGUUGGAGGGACGAGUGAUAAUGGUUCUGGCUUUUCCCGUGUGUAUGACAGGUCAGCCCCUGCGAUAUCACCUCCUGGAAAUGGAGCAUUAACUCCUGACCUCAACUAUGCUGAAAUCGGGCAUGGUAGAGGUGGCCUGAAUGCAGUAGCCUCGACUAUCCGUGGGCACCCUAUGACCCGCGAUCGCACCCCUCGACAACCUCCCGCCUCCCGCGUUUCACCCGUGGUAGAGCCUCCUCAUUCCGCCAGCUCUCGUGGCAAUUCCGACAGUGAAGACGAGAUGCUAACCGAAGGUGUACCUGGCGACCAACUCCCAGCAGCCGCGAGCGACAACACUUGGACCUAUCGCGAAUCAGAUUUAGCACAACCGGCCAACCGCGAACUGCACGACUCGGUUCAGUCAGCGUUUAGUGGCGAUGUCAGAGGCCGGCAGGAGGAGGAGGAUACCUUGCAAGAUGCGCAGACACCCACUGCUGGACCGAGAUCAAGGAGUGUGAAGAGGAGCAUUCGGAACACCUUCCAUGCAGCUGAACACUACGCGAGCUCACUUCUGUUUGGUCGCUCUGCUGGUGACGUGCGCCACGAUCACCCAGGAGAACCUGGCCCAAGUUCUGCUGGACGCAGUCACGCCUCUCGUUCUUCUCGCUAG